GCAAAUGCCAAUGUUCAGGAGUGUCUUAUAAAGCGCGCUUGAACCGUUUGAAAUAGUAAAUACACUACAAACACUGACCGAAUGAGUCCAGAAUGGGGUUCAUCAGCACAAAUAAACAACACCAUCAGCUGCCUGGCUAACCGACCUGCUAACCCAUUCGGGUGAACAUUAACUGGCAAGCACGCUGUUUAUUAUAUUCGUGCGUAAUUUUAUUGUCUGAUAUGUUGUGCCUUAAUAACCUCCUCGAAACACUCCUCGUUGUUUUUGCGAUGACGCUACAUGCAGUGACAGAUGAAAUGUAUAUGACAAUUUACAGCUAGUGUUGCUGGCUAGUGCUGGGGUUAUUUUCAUUGUUACAGCAAAACGGUAUACAAACAUUUGACAGUGCAUUGUGUAUAUUUCGUGCCAUUGCAUCGCUGACAACGCCGCUUUCCACCUCGCACAAUAUUACAGCAGUCACGCUUUUUGAACAUCAACAAAUCUUGUGUAACCGAAAUGCAUCAUUAUUAACACUUUAGUUUUCAAUAACGCAUUAGGUUGAGCCUCCCUAAGCAGCACAAAAUGAACGGAAAAGUCAUACCGCAUACUCCCAUAGCCGUAGACUGUUGGCAGCUCCGCAAGUGCCAUCAUGUCCGCUUGUUUUUCCUGUCUCACAUGCACGCGGAUCACACAUCUGGCCUUUCAUCUACCUGGAGUCACAGACCCAUCUACUGCUCACCACUCACUGCCAAACUUCUCAAACUCAAACUGCAGGUCAAAGAGAAAUUGAUUCAUCCCUUGGAGAUCAGGGAACCCCACAUGUUGUUGUUAGAUGAUCUUGGGAAAGAACGACUGACAGUUACUCUAAUAGAUGCCAACCACUGUCCUGGGGCAGUUAUGUUUCUCUUCGAGGGAUACUUUGGCACGAUACUCUACACUGGUGACUUCCGUUAUACCCCGUCCAUGCUCCGUGAGCAAUGUCUGAGGAACAACAUUAAUAUUGAUGUGCUAUAUCUGGACAACACAAACUGUGACCCAACUCGAGCCGUACCUUCUCGUCAGCGAGCCACUCAGCAAAUUAAAGAAAUCAUUAGGGCUCAUCCUGGAUACAUCGUUGUUAUUGGUCUGUACUCUCUUGGUAAAGAGUCUCUGUUGGUGGAGCUGGCUAUGGAGUUUAAAACAUGGGUGGAGGUUGAUGUAGAGCGUCUAGAUACCCUGCGAGUUCUGGAGCUCCCAGAUGUUUUCACCACUGAACCUGGUACGGGCCGUAUUCGUGUAGUCGCUCAGUCUAAGAUCAAUGCCAGCAACCUGAUGGCGUGGAAUAAGGAGCAGCCUACCAUAGCUAUACUGCCCACCAGUCGCCCCAUGGUCUCCUGCCACCCUAACGUCCAUGUGGUGCCUUACUCUGACCAUUCCUCCUACCAGGAACUUGAGGACUUUGUGUCAGCCCUGCGUCCCAUCUCACUGGUGCCCAUUGUAGGCAGCUGCUUGCCUUACUUCUCUUCCCUUCUGAGCCCUCGCAAGAAGCGCAGAGAGCUAGUGAUUCCAGAGUCGGUCCAGCACUACAUGAUGACCCAGCCUAAAAUUCAGGCCUCCACAAACAGCAUGACAAGUGUCUUUCAAAGAGCCUCUUGUCCAGAGUCUCGGGGGGUGGUGUUUGAAUCUCCUGGAUCUAAAUUAAGUCAAAUUAGUCAUUAUGAGGAGGAUUCAGACAUUACUGUGGUCGAGGAGAAUUCAGAGGUGGAUCGAGACUCAGACUGCAUCCUUUUAGACAUGAGCACUGACUCGUACCAUCGAGAGAACAGCCCACACAGCAAGCGUCUGAAACUCAUUCACAUUGAAUCAGAAGAUGUUGUCUCGGUCAGCAGCAUCCUUCCACUGGAUGUCAAUGAAUCCGUCACAACGCUUAAAGUUGUAAGAUCACCUACAUCACCUGAAUCUCAAAUGAAAGGACCCAAGAAGAAGAGCCCUCAACUGGGUAGCGCCAAUUCUAGAGAGAUGUGUUCUUCAAUGGACAGCAUCAGUAUCCAUGACCGCACCAGUGUUACCACUGUAGCUGCAGUCCUACCUUCUGAAACCCAACCAGUGACUUCUGCCUUGAACUUUACAUUAGACAGAGAGCAGAUUGAGCAGUGGCUCCUCAAGAACUUCACCGUACCUGAGGAGGAACUCAAAGGAGAGCAAGUGUUAUUGGGCCUCCAUGAAAAGUAUCCCCUAACUCCAGCUGAUUUUCCUAAACCAGCAGGUGACCCCCUUGAAGCAGCUAUAAAGAGAAUCAGAUCUAAAUAGUGAUUUGUUAUGUUUAUGAACAGUGAAGCUGCUACUCACUACCACUAUGAAACGAUAAUCAUUUACUGUGAGUAACUCCUCUGUAUUUUUUUUUUUUUUGUCCUUUGCCUUUUACGUUUAAUUUAAGAAAAUUGUUUUCAUCACAGCACUGGCUAACACAACAUUUGUGACAACUCCAUUGUAAGCAUCAUUAAGUAUUUUAUUUUUAGUUACCAUGUAUCAUUUUAAUUUAGAUAGCAACAGUAUUGUGGUUAUGUCUCUGUAACUUGCAGUGCCAGUAACUAAUUAUAAUAUGCAAGAUAUUUUUUUCUUUUCAUGAAAGCUUGUGUCCUACCAAACUGUUUAACUCUGAUGGUAUUAUUUUCAUCAUGGUAAUGCUGUCUUAAAUGUAACUUUCUUAUGUAACAUUACUUACAUAUGUAGCAUCACCAAGCUCCUUUUAAUGGUAGACAGACACUGUUAUUUUCAGAUUUUUUUUUUUUUUUUUUUUAUUAAAAUAGUUGUUUCUUGUACUACUGGGCCAAAAUCAGCUUGCCUCUGGCUUAUUGCUUAUGAUAAAUCUGUUUUACUAUUAGGAAAGUUUCCAAAUUAAUUUCAGCAUAUGGCUUUUGUUGACUGUCCAAGCAAUAAACAUUUCAGUCUCAUUUGUAAAGAAUGGAAGAAACAUUGGUUUAGGCUGUGUGAAUUUUAGGCUCUUGGUUUAACCAGAAGAUGGCAGAAUAGUUCAGUACUUUAAAGCUCAAACUCUGCCAAAUACAAUAUACAGUAGUUCAGCAGUGUAUGGGAAAUUGUUUGGAAUUAAUCUGAUUUUACAAUUGCUUAUUAAAGGUAGAGAGAGCAUGGUGCUAGCCAUGCAAAAAUCGAGGUUUUAAUUUCUAGAGAAUGUGCACUGAUAAAAUGUACACACACUGAGCACUUUAUUAGGAACACUAUUGUCCUAAUAAAGUGACCAAUGUGGUCUUCUGCUGUUGUAGCCCAUCUGCCUCAAGGUUUGAUAAGUUGUGCAUUCUGAGCUGCUAUUCUGCUCACUACAGUUGUACAGAGGGGUUAUCUGAGUUACCAUAGCCUUUCUGUCAAUUUGAACCAGACUGGCCAUUCUCUGUCCCUCGCUCUCUCAUCAUCAAGGCAUUUCCAUCCACACCACUGGAUGUUUUUUGUUUUUGACCGAGAUCACAUUUUUGCCCCAUUCUUAUAGUAGAUGUGAACAUUAACUGAAGCUCCUGACCUGUUCUGAUGAUUUUACACAUUGCACUGCUGCCACAUGCUUUGCUAGUUAGAUAAUUGCAUGCAAGUAGGUGUACAGGUGUUCCUAAUAAGAUGCUUUGUGAGUGUAUACUGUAUCUUGAAUGCACAAAGUCACUUUGGAUAAAGGCAUCUGCACUAAUGUAAAUAGGCACAGCAGAAAUCGACACGUCACUUUAAGAUUCAAAAGCUUUAAGUGAAAUAGAGAUUUCAGUUCAAAUUUAUAUUUUAGCAAUUUAACCUCUGUAGGCGAAAGUUCUGUUACAGGAGAUGGGAACAUUUACACCACUGACAAUCGAAUUAAAUUAGCAGGCAUUAGAUUAGCAUCCCCUUCUCAAUCUGUUGUAUGAUCAUGCAUCACAGAUGGGAACGGUAUCUGAAAUUGACACAACCCCAACCAGCCUGAUGUCUACGGAGAGAGUUAUAUUACAACUUGACUGCAGUUCAACUAUUAAAUUUACAGCACAUCUAGCAGUGAGACGUUUUAGGUGUUUCAGAUCAAUUUAAAUGUACAAAGAAUGAGCACCUGGACAAAAGUUCCACUUAAACCAUUCUACAGUGUGAACAGAUUAUCCAUAAGGAUUUGUCUGUCAUUAAUGCCAGUGCCUCAUAUUCAGUAUGAUAUGAACAAAACAAGAGUGGGUCAAUGCAUAAUUUAUACAUAGAUAGAGAUGUCAGAGGGUUGUAAUUUAGCAUUCACCAGUUGUGCCUGGCUGUAAUACAUAUUUCGAAAGACUGAUGAGUCCAAACGCCUCUAUUUACUAUUGUAUCCACGUAUUGGGAGAUUGUCAGUAUGUGAUUGGGGCUGCUACGAAAUAUGCAACUGAGCCAGGCUGUCCUAUAGUCAUUCCAGUUGAGUGAUGUUUUAUUCACCUCUUAUGUUUGCACAGGCUCACUGUCCUCAUAAAGGAUGAAUGGUUUGAUGUAUCAGGGGGCUGUUUGCAUUCCAGAUGAGGCCAUAUCCACAUUAAAACACUCUCUAGAUUGAGGUGAUCCAGCACAAACAAACUUAUAUCUGGCUAACAUCCCCUUGAAUGAUGGCCAACUGCUGGCUUAGCCACCAAAAGUAAACUACAGACUGACACCCAACAACAGUCAGUGAGAAAGAGCCAUUGACCUAAAUGAGUAAAUCAAACCCUCUGUGUUAUCACCGCAUGGUUGAACAUCAGGCUGGAUAGUCAUAUCUGUUUUGGUUGAUCAUAUAUUUCCUGAUUCCAGGUCUAACCUUACACCAGUCAUCAAGGCUAAUAAUUAUCAAUAUGCAACAGAUAGUUCUGGUACUCAAUGGUGAUUGGCCUUGAGGCAUUUCAACGGUGCUGAUAUUUAGUGUAAAAGGACUGGGAUGUUUUUAUUGUUUGUAGCACUUCACUUAUUUUUUUGCUACAUUCCAUAGCAGAGUAUGUGCUCAGAUUUCCAGACUCGUGCUGUGUGUGCAAAAUGGAAAACCUGGAGUGGAGCUGUAUCGAAAUUAUUAGAGAAUGCUUAGAGCAGGGAGGGAAAAUUGCUUCUGCUCCACUUAUUAAAUCUCAUUUGUGCUUGUGCGUCUUGUGACCAAACGUCAUAAGAACCAAAUGAGGUUUAAUGUAAUUGAGGUCUCACCAUAUUCGAUUUUUAUGCUCUGUAUACAUACAUGAGUUGAGUGAUGAUGUGAUGAGUUUAUUGUAUUAACAAUUGUACACAUUAAUAACCCCAUCCUUUUCAUUUAUCCAUCCCAGAAUCAUAAAACCAUUCUGUCCCGAAUUUUGAGAAGCGUUUGAUAUAGUGGGACCAAUAAAUUACACUUUUGGGUCACUAACUUUAGGGUUCUUAUUUUUCCAACACUUUCACAGUUGAGAUUAUAUGUCAGCCUAGUUAGAAUAUGGUUAUAUUAGCAUUAGACUUGCUUGUAAAAUAGCACAAAAAAAAAAUACAUCAGAGCUUACUGUAUAGGUGUUCCACAUCACCCUAAUUCACUCUACUCUAUGACAUUUUUGUCCUUUAAGUUAUCAAUGCAAAACUUGGAAAAGCUUGAGCCUGCAGAAGUGAUAUGAGAAUGUGUGAUGUAUAAAAUCCAGGGUAAAUGCGUUGGAUUCUGAUACUCCCACUCCUCUGGAAACUAACUCCAUUCUCAGUUUGAUCUCAAAUCACAGCAGUUCUUCUGGUCUCUGAUCAGCACAUCUGCAGUGCAGGAUACAGCAUCAUUUCCCCAAGCGUAAUACAGUUCUUCCCUCUCUAAGUCAGAGUAUUGAAUCAAAGCCCUGUGAUUUUUUUGCCUUUUUCCUGAAGUAGACCAUCUUAUGCCCUGACUUUUACGAGGAAGUUUAAGCCAAGCUGUAGUGCUUCUGGGAGUUUAAAUUAGACAUGGAGCAAUCCAACAGUCCCUGUCCCCACUGCAAAGUCUUUUAAGUGUCCCAGACAGGGGUUACUUAUUCAACAAGAGCCAAGACAGCUUUAAUGAGAGAAAAAGAGAGUCAUGGAUAUGUAUGUGAGUUUGGAUGCAUAUGUAAAUAGAAAGAGAGAUAUCAGUUAUGUUGAAGCUCUGUAGUUAUGACAUUAGUUUGACCUAAUUAGAUCAUUUUAAAAUGUACACGCAAAACGUACUUGAAGAUGUCACACCAAAGGAAAUGUAUUCAAUAUCAAAGGUCAAGUAUCAAACAGUUCACCUCAAAAUAUAAUUUUUUUAUCAACUCAUGUUCAUGUUGUUUCAAAAUGAAUCUUUCUCUUUGAGUAAUUUCAACUUAUUUUACAGUUCUUCUAUGUCUUUUUUUGGAGCUUAACAGAUGCACUACUGUAUAUGAACUGUUGUUAUGUGGAAAAGAGUUGCAUUAAGAUUCUUUAAAAUAUCUCAUUUUGAGUUUUGUGGAAAAAAUCUAAGC